UGUACACAUUUUUCAAUUUACAAAAUAGUCAUUGCAGAUAGACAACUUUUGGAAUUUUUGAAAAUAAAAUUAAAAAUGUUGUCCACUUCAAGGCAGGCUCUCAAAAUUUUUCUUACUCGUACCCUUAGAGUUCAGGGCAGUAAGUUAACGAGUCAGCCCCAAACUCAACAAACAGAGAACUUUACUGCAUCAUCAUCCGAUAUCAAACAAACACUUAAAGAAGUACCAGAAGUUAGCGUGAAAGGUGAAAUCCGAAAGGAAGGUCAAGUGGAGGAACACUUUUCUAAAGUUGUCUUAUUUAAUGGUUUGCGUCCAGCAACCAUAACUGGUAUCUUUCUUGAAAAUCAAAGACCUUCAUGGCUAUUUCGUGUCUGGAAAGUUGAGAAAAUUUGGCGUUAUCUACCUCUGAACCCUAUCAAUUCUGAUCCUAAAAAGUAAACCAAUAUACGUAUACAAAAACUCGUGCAUUAAACGAAAUGAAUGGACCUAUCGACGACAUAUUAAUCAAAAUUAGUGCGGCAACAUUUCAAAUUUGCAAAAUUCAACAGUAUA